AAUUUGAUGAUUAAUACACAUGUUCAGCAGCUUUUAUUGAUGAAACUUUACGCCUACACAGUAGGCUUCUUCAGUCAAAUACAGUCAGUCAGUGUAGCAGUGAAGAAUUGAUGUAAUCAGUCCAUAAACCUGGAGAAGAGUUCAACUUAAUGGUGAACAACCUCAGCCACUAUUACCAUGGUGAACAACCUCAGUCACCGUUACCAUGGUGAACAACCUCAGUCACCAUUACCAUGGUGAACAACCUCAGUCACCAUUACCAUGGUGAACAACCUCAGCCACCAUUACCAUGGUGAACAACCUCAGUCACCAUUACCAUGGUGAACAACCUCAGUCACCAUUACCAUGGUGAACAACCUCAGUCACCAUUACCAUGGUGAACAACCUCAGUCACCAUUACCAUGGUGAACAACCUCAGUCACCAUUACCAUGGUGAACAACCUCAGUCACCAUUACCAUGGUGAACAACCUCAGCCACUAUUACCAUGGUGAACAACCUCAGUCACCAUUACCAUGGUGAACAACCUCAGUCACCAUUACCAUGGUGAACAACCUCAUCUGCUGCCACCAUAGUAAACACAACCUCAGCCACCACUACUAUGGUGAACACAACAUCAGCCACCACUACCAUGGUAACAACCUCAGCCACCACUACCAUGGUAACAACCUCAGCCACCAUUACCAUGGUAACAACCUCAGCCACCACUACCAUGGUAACCUCAGCCACCACUACCAUGGUAACAACCUCAGCCACCACUACCAUGGUAACAACCUCAGCCACCACUACCAUGGUAACCUCAGCCACCACUACCAUGGUAACAACCUCAGCCACUGCUACCAUGGUGAACACAACCUCAGCCACCACUACCAUGGUGAACACAACCUCAGCCACCACUACCAUGGUAACAACCUCAGCCACCACUACCAUGGUAACAACCUCAGCCACUGCUACCAUGGUGAACACAACCUCAGCCACCACUACCAUGGUGAACACAACCUCAGCCACCACUACCAUGGUAACAACCUCAGCCACCACUACCAUGGUAACAACCUCAGUCACCACUACCAUGGUAACCUCAGCCACCACUACCAUGGUAACCUCAGCCACCACUACCAUGAUCUAAAUAUUUUGAGAUCUACAUCUGUUGGUAUGACGGUUGGCAGAAAAUUUACAGACAAGGAAGUGUCACAGGUGUCCGAAGAUUGUUUGGCUUGUCGGCUGGUUGGUGGCGGUGGUUGCCUUGGAGCUUCUCUCUAUGUGGCGUAUCAUGGAUCAAGGAAUACAAAUCUCAUUGGGAGAUCGCUCACCUUUUUACUUGGUGCAGCACUUGCUGGAGUGGGCAUAACAAGGUUAUUGAGACUUCCACCAUUUGAUAAGAGUAAGUGGAAACAUCAGUCAUAACAAGAUGAAUUGGAAAGAGCAAAUGAAACAGCUUAUUGUAUACAAGUGUUGAAAAUAU